AUGACGUCGGGAGAAAAAGGCGUCGCGAUGACGAGAUUAAGGAAGAGGAAGGUUGGUCAGAGAGAUUCUUUGUUGUGGGAUUUGAUCGUGGAUAACGACGAUAUUUGUUUCAAACACAUUCUUCCGAGAUUGAAUUCGAAUGAUGUGAAAUUCUUUUACGAGGUGAAUGGAGAGACGAGAGCGUUGGUGAAGAGAUCAACUCGCAAGGGGGAGUUGGAAAAGGGGUUUAAAGUGAGCGAGAUGUCGUCGAUAUUGACUUUGGAAGUAGCGUGGGAGCAUAAAUCGUUGUGGCCGAGUCGGUGGGACGAAACAAAUUUCUGCUGGAGAGUUGCUUACACGAAUAAACUCGAGUUGCUCAAGUGGGCGAUAGAGGAGAAAAAUUGUAAGUGGGAUGCAUUGACGAUUAAUGCGGCCGCAAUGCAAGGUAAUAUGGAAAUGGUCAAGUAUUGCGUUGCAAAGAAGUGUCCUGGCAAUGAGAUUGCGUGUGCAUGUGCUGCCGAAAACGGUCAUCUCGAGUGCCUCAAAUACUUACGCGAAGAAGUCAAAGCGCCUUGGGGUUCAGAAACUGCCUAUUUGGCGGCUUUAAAUGGUCAUCUUCACAUACUCGAAUAUCUUGUGGAGCGUAAGUUUGAUGAAUAUACCGAAGAUGCGUGUGAAAAUGCGGCCAUGAACGGCCAAUUAGACUGUUUGAAGUACUUGCACGAAACCGCCAAAGCGCCGUGGGACUCUGAGGCCGUUCGAAGAGCGCACGAGAGCAACCAAACCGAAUGUUUACAAUACCUCCUCGACAAUAACUGUCCUCUACCAGAAGGCUGGUCUUACGAAGAUGGAGAGUUACACAGCGUGGAAUCAGAAUCAGAAUCAGAAUAA